AUGGGCGCCAAGCAAAAGGGCGGCUCUAAGCCGAAGAAUACGGCAGAGGAGGUGGAGGAGACGUUACAAGCGGUUGUCCUUGCAGAUACCUUCGAGACCAGAUUCGAGCCCUUCACUCGGGACAAGCCUAGGUGUCUUUUACCGCUCGCUAAUACCCCUCUCAUCGAGUACACCCUUGAGUUCCUGGCCAAUGCUGGCGUGGAGGAAGUGUUUCUUGCUUCAAAAUGGAGAGCCCCGUCCUCGCCGUUCACACAAUUGACCUUCCUCAAGUCCACCUCUACCUCCGUCGGCGACGUGAUGCGUGAUCUCGACGGCAAGCACCUGAUUACAGGCGACUUCAUCGCCGUCACUGGCGAUGUCAUCAGCAACCUGCCCAUCGAGGGUGCUUUGAACCAGCACCGCGCUCGCCGCGCGGCUGACAAGAACGCCAUCAUGACCAUGGUCCUGCGCGAGGCAGGCCGCAACCACCGCACCAAAUCCUCCUCCGUCUCCCCCGUCUUCGUCAUCGACCCAACCAAGGACCGUUGCCUGCACUACGAAGAGAUUGACCACCACUCCGACGAGCACCCGACCCGCUUGAACAUCGAUGCCGAAACCAUCCUGUCGCACGGUGAGCUGGAUAUUCGGCAAGACCUGAUCGACUGCAGCAUCGAUAUCUGCACCCCGGAUGUGUUGAGCUUGUGGUCCGACUCAUUCGAUUAUCAGAGCCCCCGGAAAGAUUAUUUGUUCGGUGUUCUGAAGGACUACGAUCUGAACGGCAAGACCAUCCACACCCACAUUAUCAAAGAGGACUACGCUGCGCGCGUGCGCAAUCUGAAGGCCUACGAUGCCAUCAGCAAGGACAUUAUCUCCCGCUGGACCUACCCCCUGUGCCCCGACACGAACCUGCUCCCUGGCCACACAUACGACCUACGCAAGGGCAGCCUGUACCAAGAACAGGGUGUGACACUUGCCCGGUCGUGUGUCAUCGGCCGGCGCACAGUCAUCGGGAAGGGAACCAGCAUCGGCGACCGGACCACUGUGAACAGCACUGUCCUGGGCCGCAACUGCAAAAUUGGCAAGAAUGUCAAGCUGGACGGCGCGUACAUCUGGGAUGGGGUGGUCAUUGGGGAUGGCACAGACGUCCGUGGCGCCAUUAUUGCGGACGGCGUAGUUGUGGGCAAGAACUGCACCAUCGCAGCCGGUGCCCUCCUCUCGUACUCUGUUAAAAUUGCCGACGGGGUGAGUGUUGAGAGCGGCAAGCGCAUCACCCGAUCGCGACCCGACGGCAGCGUGGGGACGAGCGACCCCGAGGUGGUCGGCGAGGGCGGCGAAGGCUAUGAAUUCAUUCCGGGCGAGGACGAAGACGAGGACGAGGACGACGUGAGCGUGGCCUCGUCUGGGCUGGUAUACCGUAUGCCGGGGCUUUCGCUGUCCUCGGCGUCGAUCUCGACGCUGUCCUCCGACGUGUCGGAGGGAUCAUGGCCGCGGUCUGGUCGAAGCAGUUUCUCCGACGGUGAGGAGCAGGACAACUUCCACCAUGACGCGUCCGUCAGCGUGUUCGACAGUCUGCGCGAGGGCGUCAGCGCGGACGUGGUGCAGCUGGAGCUGGUCAGUCUGCGCAUGACCGCCAACGCUUCAGAUUUCCAGGUGCGGCGAGCCAUCGUCUCGUCGUUCAUGAAGUACGUCCAGCAGCUGAUCGAGGGCGGCGCCGAUGCCGGGAAGGCCGUUAAGGAUGUUUUCACCAAGUACCGCGAGGUGGUCGACCGGACCCUGUAUGACCGGGAGAAGGACGACAAGAAGGACCAGGUCGACUUGCUACUCCAGCUGCAGCAGGAUCUCGUGCACCGCAGCCAGGGCGGUCGCAUCCUGUUGUCCAUCGCGACCACACUGUACCAGUUGGAGUUGGCAGAGGAGGAGGCCUACGAGCAGUGGUGGGCUGAUGAACGAUCUAGCAGCAGCGAGGAACUACGGGCAGUACGAACCGAGACCCGGAAGUUCAUGGACUGGCUGGAGAGCGCCGAGUCGGAGGAGAGCAGUGACGAGGAGUCGGAGGAGGAGAGUGAUGAUGAGUAG